CCGGCCUGGGCAGACGCUGCCGCGGAAUCCUCGACUCUAUAGUAUUUUGAGUCGAUUGUGAUCAUGGCUGCUGAGUCUGAUGUUCUGCAUUUCCAGUUUGAACAGCAAGGAGAUGUGGUCUUGCAGAAAAUGAAUCUUUUGAGACAGCAGAAUUUAUUUUGUGAUGUAUCAAUUUACAUUAAUGACACUGAGUUCCAGGGGCACAAGGUGAUUUUGGCUGCUUGCUCCACUUUUAUGAGAGAUCAGUUUUUACUCACACAGUCAAAACAUGUCAGAAUCACCAUCUUGCAGAGUGCAGAAGUUGGCAGAAAAUUGUUACUCUCUUGCUAUACUGGAGCACUUGAAGUUAAAAGGAAAGAGCUUUUGAAAUACUUGACUGCUGCCAGUUACCUUCAAAUGGUUCACAUUGUGGAAAAGUGCACAGAAGCUUUGUCAAAAUAUCUGGAAAUUGAUCUUUCUAUGAAAAACAACAACCAACACACUGACCUGUGUCAGUCUUCUGAUCCUGAUGUUAAGAAUGAAGAUGAAAAUUCUGAUAAAGACUGUGAGAUAAUUGAAAUUUCAGAAGAUAGUCCUGUGAACAUAGAUUUCCAUGUUAAAGAAGAGGAAAGCAAUGCUUUGCAGUCUACAGUAGAGAGUCUGACAUCAGAGAGAAAGGAAAUGAAGUCACCAGAGCUGUCUGCGGUAGACAUAGAUUUUAAAGACAAUGAAAUUUGUAUCCUUCACGUAGAAUCCAUCAGUACAGCUGGUGUUGAAAAUGGGCAGUUUUCACAGCCUUGUACCUCUUCAAAAGCAAGCAUGUAUUUCUCUGAAACACAGCAUUCAUUGAUCAAUUCUACAGUUGAGAGCAGAGUGGCUGAAGUUCCUGGGAAUCAAGGUCAGGGCUUAUUUUGUGAGAAUACUGAAGGAAGUUAUGGUACAGUGAGUGAGAUUCAGAAUCUGGAGGAAGGUUAUUCACUGAGGCACCAGUGCCCCAGGUGUCCUCGAGGCUUUCUUCAUGUUGAAAACUAUCUGCGCCACCUUAAAAUGCAUAAACUAUUCUUAUGCUUACAGUGCGGGAAAACAUUUACACAGAAGAAAAAUCUCAACCGACACAUUCGAGGACACAUGGGCAUACGGCCCUUUCAGUGUUCUGUGUGCUUGAAGACAUUUACUGCUAAAAGCACACUUCAGGACCACUUGAACAUACACAGUGGGGAUCGGCCAUACAAAUGCCACUGUUGUGAUAUGGAUUUUAAGCACAAGUCUGCUCUCAAAAAGCACUUAACCUCCGUCCAUGGCAGAAGCAGUGGUGAAAAACUAUCUAGGCCUGAUCUCAAAAGGCAAAGUCUACUAUAAUUAUAAUCACAGACUUGUUAUAUAAAGUUUGUAUUAUUCUAUUAGGCAAGUCUUUCUAUAGAGAUGCAGCAUUUGUAAUAUUUCAUCCCCCCUAAUCUUUGUUUCUUAUAUUUGGUUGGCUUACACAUAAUCAUUCUUUCUGAACUUCUAACAGUUCCAAAGUUAUGGGAGGCACAGUAAAGCUGAUGGGAUUCUGUCUCAUCUCAUACAUUACAUAUAAGUCUCAGUAGUAUCCCUAGAGAAAUAGAGUUCCUUUCUUACACAUUCUUGAUUCUAGUGACAAAGGAUCCAGCAGUAUUUGCAGAUUCUGAUUUGGAGUCUCUAAGUAACUGACUUAAGUAUAAAAUCCAAUCAUAUAAAAACUAAUGAAUUAGGAUAACAGAGAAAAUAAAGGUAAAAACACUAUUAUGUGUUUCUAGUCACUUUAGAACAGAUGGCACUAAGAAAUUUUUUUUUUAACUUUUUACCAGCUGUUCUUGGAUUCCAAACUAAACACCAAGAUACUUUUCAUUUUAAAAUGUAUAAAGUAACAAUUCACAUUCACUUGGGAAUAGGAGAUUAUUUUUUAUAAAGGGUUAAUAUUCCUUAAAAUACUUUUAUUUCCAGGCCUUGUUAGUAUACAUAUUUAAGAAAUGGUUAAUUGGGCCCAAGUUUCUUGAUUUUAUUUAAUACAAUUGGAUCAAUAAUUUUGUGGCCAGUAAAAUUAUACCAUUGGCAUGAAGCUGUGAAAAAUGAGAAAUUCUACCUUUACCAAAGAUAUCUGUUCUACUGUUUUAAAACUUCUUCUCUAUUUUAUUUUUUAUUUAACAUGAAGUAAAACUGAAAUUUCUUCCUGGUUUAUAGUUCUGCGAAUUUUAACACAAAGAUUUGUGCACCACUACAGCAAUCGGUACAGAACAGUUCCUUCACUCAACAGCUCUCUCAUGCUGUCCUUUUGUAGUCAGCUCUUCUAGCUCUAAUCCUGGCAACAGUUCUCCGUCACUAUUAUUUUGCCUUUUCUGGACUGUCAUAUAAACAGAUUCUUAACGGUAUGUUCCUUCUUGACAUGCUUUUUCACCCAGCAUAAUGACUUUGAGGUUCAUCCAUAUCAUUUUAAGUUUUGAAUU